AAUCAAGACACCAGACCUGUUCUUCUCACUGCUUUUUUUCAAUACAAUGUCCUAAAAUGAUGAUCGGAGAAACUCCCCGGCCGGCCAAUCCAACCGUUCUUAUUCCUGCAUGGGAUUCAUUCAACGAGCCGUCUGGAUCCUUCUCUCCUGUCGGGUUGAACGGCAAUGCGAGCAGUCCUGUCGACUAUUUCUCCUCGCUCCGACGUUACCUCCCGUCGAAUGACUUCGAGUCCGACUCGCUGUGUGAGGACUCUGAUAUUCCCGUGGACGCCUUCUCGUGCGAUCAGUUCCGAAUGUACGAGUUCAAAGUUAGGAGAUGCGUUCGUGGAAGGUCGCACGACUGGACUGAGUGUCCGUAUGCCCAUCCUGGCGAGAAGGCUCGUCGGAGAGACCCGAGGAAGUACCAUUACUCGGGUAAUGCCUGCCCCGAUUUUCGCAAAGGGAACUGUAGAAAAGGUGACUCUUGUGAGUUUGCUCACGGUGUGUUCGAGUGUUGGCUACACCCGGCCCGAUACCGUACCCAGCCAUGCAAGGACGGUACGAGUUGUAAGAGAAGGGUCUGCUUCUUUGCUCACACGCCCGAGCAGCUUCGAGUAUUGCCUCAGCAGAGUCCGAGAGGGAAUGGAUCCGGAUCGAGCGAUAUGGAUUUAUUCGGGUCGCCAAUACGCCAUCGUCUCGAGUUGGUAUCUUCGCCAACAUCGAUUCUGGUGUCUCCUCCAGUAUCUCCGCCGUCUGACUCGCCGCCGAUGUCGCCCAGCGGAUCCUACAACUCAGUGAAUGAACUGGUUUCCUCUAUGCGUGGGCUUCAGUUAGGUAAGAUGAAGGUGGGUAGUCCUCCUUGGGGUUUGCAAAUGGGUUCUGGAUACGGAUCUCCCCUCGGAUCCUCGCUCCGACCCGGAUUAUCCAGCCUACCUUCAACCCCGACCCGGAACCAAAUCAGGUCUGGAGUCUGGGAUAACUGUAUUUUUGAAGAGGAACCGGCAAUGGAAAGGGUUGAAUCCGGGAGGGAUUUAAGAGCAAAGAUUUAUGCAAAACUGAGGAAGGAUAACUCCGUGGGUGCGGGGGAGCAUUCCGGGUCGGGUCCCGAUGUUGGAUGGAUAUCCGAAUUAGUGAAGUGAAGGUGGGUUGGAGUUUAUAUGCUUCCAUUUUGAUUUUAUUUUGGGAAACUGAAAAAUUCGGUGGCCUUUGAUUCUUCUGACGUGUGAAUAUUGAAGUUGGAUUGGGAAAUCUGCAUCUUUGUACAUUGAAGAUGGGAAAGAGAGAUCUAGAAGUCUCUAUUUUGUGGGUAGUUUUUAUUAUUCUUAUUAUUUUGGAAAAAAAAAUGAAAUUGCUACUUUUGUACAGAAGAAGGAAGGAUUUGUUAAGGGCUACCAAAGAAGGGGAGCGGUUGGUUACUUAUUUUAUUAUUAAGUGUAAUUUCUUUGGAAUUUAUUUUCUGGAUUUUCUUGUAUGUUCAUCCUUGACCAUAUUAAUGUAACAUAUUUCUUCAUCAUUCUUCGUGUAUAAUUUCUUUUA